AUGGCUAUGCCUAUCACUCUACUUCUCUCCGGCGGCUGCCUGGUGCUCCCCACGGGCUGCUUCAAUGCCGCCUCUCAUCACAGUGGCCCCUGCGAGGCUCGCCUCCUGCCACUCGUGGCGACGGUGGCCGUCGCUCGUGGCGUCGCGACCCGCACCUCCACCUGCGGUGGUCAUGUCGUGCCCGCUACGGUGCCAGCGGCGACCCGCUCCCUGGCGGGCCUGGCCGGUGCGGGUAGCCACACCUCCCGCAGGGGUCACGCCACUGCCGGCUUCGGCAUCGCGUCUGUGGCGGUGGUGGCCGGCCUGAUCGGCGCAGGCGGGCACUCCCCCCGCGGUGGCCUCAUCGUGGCCGCCACCUCCGGUGAGCCGGGGGACAAGAAGGAAGAGCUUCACUUUACCUGCAUGACCAACCGUGAUGGUUUACAUGUCUCCAAGUUCCAGAGUAGCGCCGAGCAGGGUAUGGUUCUCAUUCGGAAUCUACGACGCAUGCAACCCUACUUCUCAAGCGAAAUCGUCCCUAGUGUUGAAUGGGCCGGCCGUUGCAUCUCCCGCGUCCUGCGCGAGGCCAAGGAAGAGUACGUACGAGCUGAGAAUGUGGUCGAAGCCAUGUACUCGCUCAAGCUUGUCCACGCGAGGCUCGCCACCAGUCGCAGCAACGUUCUGCCCUUCCCCGACCUCCCAAAUGGGGUGCCCAACACCCUUUCCUCGAACAACUACAGCCUCUACUACCAUGCCUUGGCCGAGAACUACAGAGUGCCACACAGAUCGGCUAGCGUUGGCGGCGAUCUUGCGUGUUGUUUCAUAGGAGAUGUUGCAGGCAUUGGCGACAAAGAACACAGCAAAAAGGAGGCAUGGGAGGUGAUCAAGGUGAUGCGCCAGGGUGUGUAG